AUGUUCCCGGAGAAUGUUCAUAGUGUUAACGUUAUCGAGCAGUGUUUGCAACAUUCCCCAAUGUUUGUUCUGUUUUCGACAAAUGAAUGUGAAGGUAAAAGCUCGGCGUUACUCAACGUUGCUUCAAAUACUAUACUAAGGCCAAGGAUAAUCAUAUCGAAUUCCACUUUGGGGAGAAUAUUACCGUACGUGAAUAAGAAUUUAGUAUCCUUCGUGAUUGUUACGAAUGCGAGUGUUGAUACGGUUCUGGAAAUCGUGCGGAUAUCAUUGAAACGGUUGCAUGAGUCCCGGAUAAUAUUUCUACUGAAUUUCGACCCCUCGACUGAAUUUAUCCAAAAGUUGGUUAAUUGGUGUUGGACUUAUAGAAUGAUAAAUGCUGUGAUAUCAACCGAGGACGCUUCUAAUCGAACCACAAAUAAAGGAAUGUAUUCACUCAACCCAUUCCCUACGCUCACAAUAGAGAAACUGCCAGAAGGUUCAGUGUUCGAGGACCUUUUUCCGAAUAAACUAAGGGACUUAAAAAGCUACCCUAUUCGAACAGUACAAAAGUACGACCACCCGAGGUCAUUUACGUAUACCAAUUAUAAGGGGAAGAAAGUGAUCGGAGGAUACCUUUCCAAAACUUUACAUUCAUGGAUAUCAAUCCACAACGCCAGCAUGCAAGUUAUAGAUGACGGACCUCGAGAUAUCUUAAAUCGACCGUUAAUACUGAAUUUUCUACAAAAUAAUACGAUUGACGUGGCUCAACACUUUUUGGUAGCCGAUAGUGGCAAUCUGACUACAACGACAUCCAUCUUUUUGGGUAAAAUGUGCAUCAUUGUUCCCCAAAGUUCUCCAAUUUCUCCACAUAACUAUUUGCUUCUUCCAUUUGAUCGGAACGUUUGGUAUCUGAUAGUUAGCAUUGUCUUUUACGUUACAUUUAUUGAAGGAAUUUGUGGCCUUUUGGUUUAUGGUAGAUUUGACUUGGGAGACGCGUUCUGCAAUGUUUUAUUGUGCAUAAUGUAUCAAACCCUUGAGCGCAGAAGCUUCAGGUUUCGUCCUUUUGUUGCUAUUCGUGGUCAAUUACUUAUUCUUGGAUUCAUUCUUACGAAUCUUUUCCUGGGAUUAUUGUCAAGUUUUCUUACAGUUGUAGUUUAUGAGCGACAGAGUAAUACUUUCGAGGAUAUCGAUAAAUCAGGAGUUAAAUUAAUCCUAGAAGAGGCUGAGUUCGACUACUUUGUGACUGUUGGACUCAUACCAGCCAAGUGGAAGCAUCUAUUUGCCUUUCUGGACCACGAAGAACUUCUGUCCCACUUACGCAAUUUAAACGACAGUCAUGGCUAUAUUAUAGCAAUUGAUAAAUACGAAAUGGUACAUUUUAUCGAAAAGCCUUUAAGGAGGAAGAUAUUCUAUAAAAUUCCAAUUGAUUUCUAUGGGAUGUGGGCGGGUAUGUCAAUCAGGGACGAUGCUUUCUUCUUAGAUUCCUUUAACAAGCACAUAACAAGGACAUUUGAUGUGGGUCUGAAUGCCAAAUGGAUUAACGAUAUUGGCCGUGAAAGUAUUGAAGCUGACUUGGUGAAAGCUACUCCUACUCCUCAACUUUCAUAUGUCCUGAUAAAUGGAGAGCAUUUACAACUGGGUUUAUAUUGUCUAAUCGGUGGACUUGCUUUAAGUCUUCUUUGUUUCCUCCUAGAAUUCGGAUACAUUAGAGUAGCUAAGCGCACAGAGAGGCAUGGAAAGAAUUGUUGGCACCAACUAGGGAAGAUUUUUGCAAGAUAA